AUGGAAAGAACGAGCAAGUAUUCCAUGUUGCGGAAAGAGUUGAGCAUGAUGUAUUACGAGUACGGAAAGUGCAGCCUACUCAAAAGGGUCUGGUCCAGGUAUCACCAGUGCUCCUACUCGCAAAGGUCCCAUGUGCUCAGUGUUGAUGCACUCCUCCUGCACAAGGUCAGCUUCACAGCUUACAAUGGCGUCAACGUCACCCCCGGAAAUCACAUCUCGUACCUGUACCACAACCGCGCCUGUUUCAACCCGCUGCACCUCGUGGAGGAGACUGCACAGCAGAAUAAUGCGCGCAAGGGAUGCACCGGCCCUCUCUUCUGCCCAGAUCAUGGACACCUGAUCUGGAACCCCUGCGAGCUCAACAACCACCACUCAGCUUGCAUUGCGCCGAGACGUGUAGGCGUAUUUUGUUACCUCUCGACCCUCGACCAACCUGUCUAG